CUCUUUCUCUACUUCCUAUCACCCUCAUAAUCUACCCAUUAUGUCUUCAAGAGGUGGCCGAGGCGGAGCUCGUGGUGGUGGUAACCAAGGAGGUGAACGCAAGAAGCGAGAAUCAAUUCUCAACUUGGCUCAGUUUGUCGACAAGAGUAUCAGAGUUAAAUUUAUGGGUGGACGAGAAGCUACUGGUAUCUUGAAAGGCUAUGACCAACUUAUGAACUUGGUCAUGGAUGAUGUAGUUGAGGAGUAUGAGGAUGGCCGACCUACACGAAGUCUUGGAUUAGUCGUUCUCCGUGGCCCCAAUAUUGUCCUUGUUAGCCCAACGGACGGAUCAUCAGAAAUCGAAAACCCUUUCCAACAGUAAUAAUGUAGAGAUAAGAUGUAUUAUUAUUGCACACGUCUUCUUCUGCCUUGGGUUAAUAUCGAUAUGAGAACUUCCAUUGCGUC